CACAAGAAAGGGGCAAAGUCAAGCAACAUGUCUAGCGGCAUUAUCAUUCGCGAAGUCACCAAAGACAUCUGGACCUUCUCGCGCCCCUUUGCGCGUUACGGUGUCUUCCCUGUGGGCGGCCGCUCGACCGCCAUCAAGCUCAGCGACGGCGACGUCUGGGUCCUCGCCUCCACGCCUUUGUGCGACCAGACCAAGGCAAAACUAGGCGAGCUGGGCAACGUCAAAUACAUCAUAGGCGCGGACCUGGUGCACAAUCUGUACCUGGGGCAGUUCCAGAAGGCGUAUCCGGAUGCAAAGCUCAUUGCACCCGAGGGCGUUAUGGAUCGGAUCGAUGAAAAUCUCAGGUUCGAUGGAUUGUUGGGAAGAGAUCCACCGGACGCUUGGUACGGAUUCGAGAACGAUAUAAAGUACUGUUACUUCUCGGGUUUCAGCAACAGAGACGCCGCGUUCUUCCAUCCUGCGUCAAAGACCAUGGUCCAGGCGGAUCUUCUGUUCAACCUCCCGGCCAAGGAACAGUACUCCAAGACCUGGUCGCCUAACCCGUUCAAGUUCCUCCCUCUGAACCCAUACUCGAGCGCGCACCGCAAGUUCGUGAACAGCCAUCACGACCACGAAGAGAACAUGCGCCGGGACGCUAAGACUGUCGCUUCCUGGGACUUUGACAGGGUCAUUCCUUGCCACGGGGAUGUGAUUGAGACGGGGGGAAACGCUGCGUGGAGAGCGGCGUAUCAAGACUUCCUCAACUAAUAGCAACAUAAGUAGUAUUGUAUUCGGUAUCCAUCUAUCUAUCUAUUCCUGGCUCGGCCUGCGAUGUUAUAAUCUACCACAGCC